CCAGCGCUGUGCGUCAUUAGUCACAUGACGCGUCGACGUCACGCUUUCGUACGCUUUUGGAUUCGGGCAGAAGAAGAUGGCGGCCUCCUCAGGAGUUAAAGUCCCUCGUAAUUUUCGUUUGUUGGAAGAGCUGGAGGAAGGACAGAAGGGUGUCGGUGAUGGGACAGUGAGCUGGGGUCUGGAGGAUGACGAGGAUAUGACUCUCACACGGUGGACGGGCAUGAUCAUCGGACCUGCGCGAACUAAUUACGAAAACAGGAUAUACAGCCUGAAAGUGGAGUGCGGACCUAAAUAUCCCGAAGUACCACCGACUGUUAGAUUUGUAACAAAAAUUAGCAUGAAUGGAAUAAACAAUUCCAAUGGGAUGGUGGAUGCACGUAGCAUACCAAUUCUAGCAAAAUGGCAAAACUCAUAUAGCAUUAAAGUCGUUCUUCAAGAGCUAAGGCGUCUUAUGAUGUCCAAAGAGAAUAUGAAGCUUCCUCAACCACCGGAAGGACAGACAUACAGCAAUUAAUUGUAAAUGAUUGUUAUGACCUCUGUCUUAAACCUUACUCUCUUAGAAAUGUCUUGUAAAUCAUCAGAAAAGAAAAAAAAAAAAAACCAAUAUCGCUCACUCCACGCUCAAACAGCCUCCUCUGCGGGAGCACGAUUGGACAUUUCUAAUAGUUUAGCUUGAGAAACAAAGAAAGGCAACGCCUAUAUUGUGUGGCACUAUGUUCAAUUCUGUUUUAAAGUUACGAGUGCACAAAUCUCUCUCUCUUCCAGUAACAUUUACAUCGACCACGAGCUUUAUGACGAUGAGCUGAAUCCAGUCAGCAUAGACACAGAAAGAAGGCAUGCUAGGUGAGGUUUAUGCAGAUCUCUUCAUUUUAAGUUAAAGUAACGGGACACCAAAACAUCAAAAAAAAAAAAAAACACAAAAAAAAAAUUAGGAUGCAUAUACAACGGCAUGCUUAUAAAACAGAAAAAAAGAGAGAAAAAAAAGUAAAAAGCAGCUGAGUAAAUUGUAAGUUAACUGAACUUUUUUUUGUGUGUGUAUCUGAACCCCUCACUGACAAUAACGUUAAGGGUCCUAAAAGCGUGCCUGUAGUCUACUAGUAAUAUCGCGAAAGGGAUGGGAGCGGUUCUGAACUUUCUCUUGUUUCGUUUUUAUUUUUAAUGUCUGUGUUUGACACGAUCGCAGUGUGUUUCAGCGCGUUGUAAGCGGAUGCUCUGUUCUGUUCUGAAAUCAAAACCCGUGCGCGAGGACCUGUCGGGUGCAUUAAAAUACGCCUCUCCAA